AGCACAAUGAGCAUCAUCAGCACCUUCGCGCACAUGUCGUGUCUCUUCCUGUUGCGCGCGCGCCAUGGCAGCAGCAGCGGCGAAGCCAGGAGAGGACCUGCCACCAGCACCAGGAAUGUCAGACAGCCAGGCAUCGGUUCCACAGCAGUUCCAAGCUAAACUCCCAGCCUGGGGACUCAAGAGAGCAGCGACCUCCCGCGGCUCCGUGGUCGGACAACAGCAGCAGGGCGACAAGAAGCUCAAGGCGACGGAUCUCAAACAGCAGACGGAGCAGGUCAUGAACAGCAGAAACUUGGGCCCGCUCAAGGCCUUGGCGGUGGUGCUCACGCGCGUGGCGAUCUCCAGCAGCCGCGGCGUCGCCGACCUCAUCGGCGCCUGCUUCAGCUGUUUUCCCAGUCAGGCCGAGCACCCCGUGGUGGAGGAUAUGAAGGCGGCAGGGCAGCAGUUUGCCACCACGUGCAAGGAGCUGGGCAAGGAUCGCGAUCUAGGGCCGCCUUGGCCACACAUGUGGAUGCCGCUACUGCAAGCACUGCUGCACCACGACAAGACGCCCAUCAAAAGCCAGCAGGCGCUCCAUAUCUACUGGGAAGCCAACGAAUCGGGGGACAACUGCAGCCUGCAGAACCUCCAGGCCCGGGUGCGCUAUUGCCGCAUCCGCCCGACGUGCUACAACAAGAAAAAAGGUCAGAAACCAACCAACUUCAAGGCGCAGAUCAUGUUGUCGGCCCAGCUGCUGGCGGCGCCCAUCUCAUUCCAAGGUCAGCCAGUGGGCGGAAUCCAUCAGGCGACCUGCGAGGCCCUCCAUGCAGUGGGGGGGCAAAUACAAGCCAUGAGGACCUCCGAAAAAAAAGGGGACAGGAGGGAGAGGCGGAACGGUUUCUUGGCAAUAUCGGCAUGCAGAAGGCAACGCACGAGGAGGUACAGGAGUCAGAAGAAGUCGACGGGAUAAAACAGCUAGGCUGCCCACCAUCCCGGGAUCAGACAGGGUGAGACAGAUGGUUGUGCGCCAGGUUCUGAAUCAUGAGGGUCUCGUCGCGCUUCAGUCUCGCACAUCGCAGCUUAUCCUCUGUUAUGCCACAGAUACAGGCCAGCAAUUCCAUCUCUUCUACUCGCCACCCCUGGUGUUUGAGCUUUCUCUCCUUGAUAUCGGCUCCCGCUCUCCGCGUGUCUCUCGUAUGCACAUGCGCGAUGUCAGCAUGCAUGUGUUUGCCGCGUCUGACCGUGCGCGAGAUGUGUUCGCGCCAGUUGUGCUUCCAACGGGAGACUGGGGUCAGGAUGAAGGUACUCAACAAGAGGAUGCCGACCCCCCAGCUCCCCCAUGUUGGAUGAUGUACACACCGUUCAUGCGAGAUCACCCGUCUCUCGCGUGACACUUCCUGCCAGGAUGAUGGUGCCUAGCCUUGGCCCCCAGGUUUCCCCGAAAGAGGUCCGAGGAUUUGGCCAGUUGCAGUCCGCUCGGCAAAGCGACCGACAGGAAACCUCCGUUUCACGCAGAUCCGUGAUAAUGCAUGGCCAGGCCCGCUAGCACUGUUGCGUGCAUGUGCUCAGAAUGGUAAGACAGG